UGCGGCUGGCUGCGGAUCGGAAGGUGGCUGCCGCCCCGCAGACGACCAGCGCUGAUUCCUCGCUGCCGCCGAGCGUGCAUCGGGCACCCUCGGAGGGUCUGGCCAUGCAGCCGGUCAAGCCCGUCAAGGUCGGCGGGGUGUUCCGCGGCGGCGGCGGCGCGCUGCCUUCGGCGCUGUGCUUGGCCAAGGCCGCGAUCGGGGCAGGCGUGCUGUCCAUGGGCGUGCACGCUGCGGAGGUGGGGCUGGCGUUCACGAUGGCCGCCCUGUGCGCUGGCGCGGGCCUCGCGGUGGUGAGCAUAUCGCUGAUCGCAAAGGCAUGCGUGUCCACGAACCGUUGGAGUUUCGAGGACAUUAUUGACGAACUGCUCCACCCUGCUCUGGCUCUCUGGACGGGCUUCGUCAACGCGGCGAACUGCCUGGGCUCGGCAGCGGGCUACCUCAUCGUGUGCGGGCAGGUGUUCGCUGUUCUGACGCACUGCGGCGAUGAAGACCGCAGGCUGUUUAUCGUGGGGGUCGGCGCGUGCAUCUGCGCGCCCAUGGCGUUGGCCCGGGAAGUGGGGUUCAUGAGGCAUCUGGCCGCCCUGAGUUUCGGAGCCAUAUUGUUGCUUGUUGUGUGCAUCGCCGUCUGGCCCAUCGAGCGUGGGAUCGACGACUCCGUCACGGCGGUUGGGCUGCUCGACGGCAAAGGAGGCGCGACGGCCUUCGCGUACAUGAACUCUGUGAACAACAUGAUCUUCGCGUACAACAAUCAGUUCAACGUGCCGCAGGUUACGGGUGAGCUCACCCCUCAGCCAGGAGUUCGUUGGAUGACCAACGUUGCGCUUGUAUCCACGUCCUUGACGUUCCUGUUGUACGCCUCGGUGUCGGCAGUGGGCGUCCUGGCUUUCGGCCUUGAUGACCAACAGGAUACAUUCGUGCUCGACUUGGCCAGAGACACCAAGAACCCACUCGUGUUCACGACGCUUCUGGCUGUCAUGUUCAGCGUCAUCGUGUGCUUCCAGUUUCACGUCUACCCGAUUCGACAGUUCUGCGCGUACAACAUCCGCAAGUUGCGGGGCAUGGCCACUGAUGAGAAGGAGGGAUCCGACAAGGUGAUCAGCGGGCGCUCCUUGACCAGAUGGCUUGAUAUCUUCUGCGCGCUUGCCGCGGUGCUCAUCGCGUCGGUGCUCACGGAGAUCACGGUGCUCCUCGACUUCAUCGGUGCUUUUGCGGGUGCGUGGACCUCAUACGUGGUCCCUCCUCUGUGGGUGAUCGUGCUGCGCCACCGAGCGCAGGGGUUCUCGUGGUGGAGUCCCGAGGUUGCGGGCUGCGUUGCCCUUUUCGCGCUGGGCACGUGCCUCUUCGCCUUCGGCACGUUUUCUGCGAUCGUGGGAUGAGCCCCGUCGACGCUCAAGGCAUUCUGCCCAGCGAGAGGACAGGCUGCGCCAUUGCCGUACACGCGCCUUUCCAACUGCGCUUCCCGCGCAGCCCCGCCACGGAUGAGCAUGAUCCCGUCGGGAGUUACAGUUGCCCAGUGGGCACUUCCAUCCAGGACGCGUGGACCAAGCAACAGUCUUGAUCUGCGUUCACGGCGGCGCUGCGAUUCCAAUCGAGAAAUUGUUCAGUUGUUCCCGCUUGCAGUUCACAAGAGCCGCAGCGAAUGUCGUCACAAUGACGAUCACAUGGUUCAUGCUGAUCAACAGCCCUCCGCAGCGCGAUUCACUCAGUUAAGCGCUAGAAUCGCAUUCUUCGAAGCGGGUCUCCGAGCUGCAGCGCAGGGCAGUUACGUACAGAAUACGUAUUGGAAUGACGGCCGCAUGUCGGCGCACCCUCCGUGUCAGCGCAUACCAGCGAAGCUUGGCGAACAAA